CUACUGUGCUCAGCUCCUGUGAAAACUCUGUGCGAGUGUGUGUGUGUGUAUGUGCGUGCGUGCGUGCGUGUGUGUGUGUGUGUGAAGUCCUCGCGCGUGUGUGUUAAGAAGAGUUUUUAUGUGUGUGUGCAUAAGGUUGUGUGUUUUUCUAAGUGGAGCUGGAGUGCAGCCGUUCAUCAGUGGAGCUGACUGCAGACUGGGGAAUACUCAGAUCUCACUGCGCUGCUUUUCAACUCGCGCACCAGCUGCUUUUUUGGAGUUUUUUUAAGACUCACUGGACUUCGCACCAAAGUGGGACUUUGCCGCUGCUCUGUUUCUGCCCUCCAGGCACCAUUCCUAUCACUGGAAUUUUUUUAAAACAACUUACUGAGAAUAAUUUUUACAAGAAUUUCUACCUGCCUCACACAUCAUUUCAUUUUUCCUAACAAUUUAUGGACUGUCAAAGUUUUAAAUACAGCAUCAGUUGUUUCCACCUGAUUCCAGAGGAACUUUUCUGUACAUUCACAUUUAAUUCAGACAUGCUCAAGCUGGAAACACAUAACAAGAACUCAGUGAGUGUGUGUAGGUGUGUAUACGGCACUCUGGGUAUAUAAUAUAUUUGUUAUCUUUUUUUAUUGCAAUGGAAAGACUAUGAGAGGUUAAAAGCAGUACUGUUACUAUGGAAACAGUCAGUGCUGUCAGAGGCAUGUCGGGCUCAGGUGGACGUUGAUCCCGGUCCGGAAUGUGCUGAACUCUUUUGGAAUUUGGUUCCCCUGGUAACGGAUGGACAGAUAUCUAUGCCUAUGUGUGACGUUUUUGUCCCAUCUUGGCUGUGAAAGGUGAACUUUGUCGUCCUUCUCGGGGAGGAGCUGUGGAUCUGCCAACAGAACUCUUCAGAACCAAGGAGGACAUUGUAAAGAUUACAUUGAAUAUUAACAACUCAAAAGGAAGACUUGAAGAGAUUGAAGCUCUGCUAAAUUAGAACAACAAGAGAGAAAAUCUGUUUUGGGUUUGCAAAGCAAAGCUGAUACUGAAUACUCGCCAAACAGGACUAAACCCAAACCAGACCAGUCCAAAGGCAGGUGGAGUUCUGAAUCAUUACCAGAACAGGACUGGUAACUAGGCAAAAUCCAGCUGAAAACAACAAUAAAUUCACUACACAGACUCAAAAUUUCAGAGUUGAAAGGAAGGAGUUUGUUUUAAGCGUGCAAAGAUGAUGACCAUGAUGAUGAUGAUGGCGGCCAUGAUGGUCACCUGCAGCUCUCUGUUGCUGCUGGGGCUGGCCGCCGCCCAUGCUUCCUCCAGCACCAUGACCCGCACAUCCUCUUCAACUUCAUCCUCCUCCUCUUCGUCCUCUUCAUCCUCCUCACCACGCAUGAAGCUCUCGUACAAAGAGUUGCAGCAGUUCCAUGGCGUGCGGCGGUUCGAGCUGGAGCGUUCCUGCUGCUUCAGCGCUCUGCUAUUGGAUGAGGAGAGGGGCCGUCUUUUCGUCGGGGCUAAGAACUUCCUGCUGUCACUCUCAUUGGACAACAUCGCCAAGCAGGAACACAAGAUCUACUGGCCAGCCCCUGUCGACUGGAGGGAGGAGUGUAACUGGGCUGGUAAAGAUAUCACUUCCGACUGUGUGAACUAUGUGAAGAUCGUGCACCACUAUAACCGCACCCACCUGUACGCCUGUGGAACUGGGGCCUUCCACCCUACUUGUGCCUUCGUUGAGGUGGGACACAGGAUGGAGGACCAUGUGUUCAGGAUUGACCCCUCUAAGGUGGAGGACGGGAAAGGGAAGAGUCCGUAUGAUCCUCGUCACAAUGCUGCAUCUGUGCUCGUCGGUGAUGAGCUGUAUGCAGGCGUGGCCACAGACUUAAUGGGACGAGACUUUACCAUCUUCAGAAGCCUGGGGAAACGCCCCUCCAUCCGCACCGAACAGCAUGACUCACGCUGGCUUAAUGAACCAAAAUUUGUUGGCUCCUUUUGGGUCCCGGAAAGUGAAAACCCAGAUGAUGAUAAGGUAUUUUUCUUCUUCCGGGAGACGGCAGUUGAGGCCCAGGGACUGGGAAAGUCCACCUACUCCCGUAUUGGACAACUCUGCAGGAACGACAUGGGCGGUCAGCGAAGUCUGGUGAACAAGUGGACGACAUUCCUCAAGACCCGUCUGAUCUGCUCGGUACCAGGAGCCGACGGCAGCGAUACGUACUUUGACGAGCUGCGCGAUGUAUUCCUGCUACAGACAAGGGACAGAAAGAAUCCCCUGGUCUACACGGUCUUCUCUACUUCCAGCAGUGUAUUUAAAGGCUCAGCUGUGUGUCUCUACUCCAUGAAUGACAUCCGGAGGGCCUUCCUGGGGCCCUUCGCUCACAAAGAGGGGCCCAACUACCAGUGGGUCCCCUUCCAGGGAAAAGUCCCCUAUCCCCGCCCAGGAAUGUGUCCCAGCAAGACAUUUGGCAGCUUUGAGUCCACAAAAGGUUUCCCAGAUGAUGUGAUCCAGUUUGCACGUCACCAUCCUCUGAUGUAUAACCCGGUCUACCCUAUGAGCAGACGGCCCGUCUUCGUCAGAACAAACGUGGACUACAGCUUCACACAGAUCGCUGUGGACAGAGUCAAUGCAGCAGAUGGACAGUAUGAUGUCAUGUUUAUUGGCACAGACAAAGGGACAGUACUGAAGGUGAUCAAUGUACCCAAGGAGAGCUGGAACAACAUGGAGGAACUUCUACUGGAAGAGCUGGAGGUCUUCAAAGAUGCUUCAUCUAUCAUUGACAUGCAGAUCUCCUCAAAACGGCAACAGCUGUACUUGGGCUCAGACACAGGCAUUGCCCAGGUUCCCCUUCACCGCUGCAGCGUGUAUGGAAAGGCCUGUGCCGAAUGCUGCUUGGCUAGAGACCCAUACUGCGCCUGGGAUGGAACCUCCUGCACUCGCUACCUACCAAACACCAAGAGACGUUUCCGUCGCCAGGAUGUGAGGAAUGGAGACCCUAACACUCUGUGCUCUGGAGACCAUCAUAAGCACCGUGUUGCAGAGAGGAAGCUCUAUGGAGUGGAGGGAAGCAGCACUUUCUUGGAGUGUAUCCCCAAAUCCCUUCAGGCCAGAGUCACCUGGACCUUCCAGAAACAACCACAGAACCCACGAGAAGAGGUGCGUCUAGAUGACCGUGUCCUCCAGACAGACAGAGGCCUUCUGAUUCGACGUGUCCUUAAGAGGGAUAUCGGAGUCUACCAGUGCCAUGCCAUGGAACACGGCUUUACCCAAACCUUGCUAGGCAUCACAUUGGAAGUUGUACCUUCAACAUCCACUGCCAUCUCCAAUCUACCCUCUGAUGCCCCUGUCCGAUUAGACCCCCGCAGUGGAGGUGGGCCCCAAAUGACCAAUCAAAAGCUUUGGUACCGGGACUUCAUGCAACUGGUGGACCACCCCAACCUGAGCACCGUUGACCAGAUUUGUGAGCAAGUUUGGGCACGCAAGAAUGCUGGCGGCGACCAAGUGGAUAAGAGCUUUCCUGCUGUGGGGAAGGACGUCACACCUCUGGGCCCUGCUGUCCGCUCUGCGAACAAGAAGUGGAAGCAUCUUCAGGAGAUAAGGAAGGGGAGAAACCGCCGGACCCACGACGGGAAACCGAACCCUCGGGCGCCACGCAGUGCAGGGGAGUAACAACGUGGAGAAAGAGAUGGAGGGAGAAAAGAAUGACUGAUACAGGGAGAAAGGAGGAGAAUGGUAGAAAGAGACAGAGACCA